AUGCAGGGCAGUACAAGAAGAAUGGGUGUCAUGACUGAUGUCCACCGGCGAUUCCUGCAGUUGCUGAUGACUCAUGGAGUGCUGGAGGAACGGGAGGUCAAGCGCUUGCAGAGGCACUGCUAUAGGGUCCAUGACCGCAACGCGACUGUAGAGAAGUUGGAGGACUUCAUCAACCACAUUAAUGGUGUCUUGGAAUCCUUGUAUAUUGAGAUAAAGAAAGGAAUCACAGAAGAUGAUGGGAGACCAGUUUAUGCUCUGGUGAAUCUUGCAACAACUCCAGUUUCUAAAAUGGCAUCAGACUUUGCAGAGAAUGAACUGGACCUUUUUAGAAAGGCUUUGGAACUGAUUAUCGACUCAGAAUCUGGCUUUGCAUCUUCGACAAACAUUUUAAACCUGGUCGACCAACUGAAAGGCAAGAAGAUGAGGAAGAAGGAAGCUGAGCAAGUGCUGCAGAAAUUUGUGCAAAACAAAUGGCUCAUUGAGAAAGACGGGGAGUUCACGCUGCACAGUCGGGCGAUCCUCGAGAUGGAGCAGUACAUCCGGGAGACCUUCCCUGACAGUGUGAAGAUGUGCAACAUCUGCCACGGUAUCCUUAUCCAGGGCCAGAGCUGUGAAACCUGUGGGAUCAGAAUGCAUUUACCUUGCGUGGCCAAGUAUUUCCAGUCCAUUACUGAACCACACUGCCCCCACUGCAACGACUACUGGCCCCACGAGAUACCAGAGGUCUUCAACCCUGAGAAGGAGGAGGAGGAGGAGGAGGAGGAGGCGGCGGUGGCUGGUGUCUCCAAAGCCAACCGAAAGUCUGUGCGAUCCCGGCAGCAUUAG